AUGGACCACCCGCGUCGGCGCGUUUGCGUGCGCGCGUCGUGCGGUGAUAGGCUGCCUGGCGCCUGCUGGGAGCUGCGAUGCGAACAAGUGAAGCGAGAGCCGGCCGGCGGAAGGGAAGAAAGGAAAGGAAGGGGUGGACGCACGCAAACUUGCAAUUUUGCAAAGGAGGGACCGAGGGAGGCUGCACUGGUGUCCGCGUCCGGGUCCGGCAGUCCGCCCAACCAACCAGAGCCGGACCUUUUCUGCCGCGAGCAGCCCCGACUGCUUCGGUGCGUCGUCGCCUCCACGCGCCGCCGCGGCCAUCUUCUUCCGGCUCCCAACGCCGGAUUCCCUGACCGCGAAGAAGAAAAUCGCCAAGAAGUCUGUUCGGGCGCUCAUCUCCCUCGCCGUCGGUCAGGAGUCCUCGCUUUCUACCAGGCCGCGCUGCACCAGCAUGUUCCCAAUCCGUACCAAGGCUGCGGGGGUCGAAUGUCCGAGCGAGAGGAAGAAGGCACCGACGACACCGCGGAGCAAGGCUGUUCGGCCCCACCGACGACCUCCACGUCGGGGACGGCCUCCACGCCUUCAGGUCCAGGGGCUGGGCAUGCGGCCUCAGCCACGAAGGCGCGCUCUGCGUCAUGGGCAUCACCGGCCGCGUCGGCGUCGUCAUCAUCUGCCUCGGCUUCGAGCGCACCACCACCACCAUGCAUUUCGAGGGGGGCUGCCACAGGGGACCCCGGAGCGUCAUCCUCGUCGUCGUCGUUGGGAGCUCCGUGUCCGCGCAGCCAGUGUGCAGACCCGUGUUGGCGUCACUCGAGAGCGGCGGGGUGCACGGCGCUGCAGUUCGCCAACAACAGCUUCUUCCGCUACUUCACUUUCGUCAUCCAUAGCAACCUCUACUGCAGCACCGGCUUCUCCAACCCCUCCUCCACCACAGGAUGUGCCCUCGAUGUUCAUGGUUUCUGCCUCGAGCAGGCUAGGCGCUCUCUCCAUUCAUGCAGCAAAGGUGUUCGUUGGAAUGUCGAGUCUGCAAGAGGAGCAGUCUGCUCUGUCAAACAAUUACCAGUCAAGCUUUUAUGGUCAUCACCACAAAUCAGAAUGGUGUUUCUACAGGAUGCCAAUGUCGCAGUGCAGCAGCUAACUGACAUGCAAUUAUUGCAAAAUUCAUUGGUUUUCUCUGAAGUUAUCUGGAGACAAUUUCGAAGGCCCGUAGCAGUGGACACCUUGAGAAGCCACUCUGUGCCUGCUGGGAAGUUGUUCGGUUACAAUCAGUCUAUUGUGCAGAUGCACUUUGUACUAAGUUGGUAUGGGUGGUUACCUCGCACAAUGAUUCGUUGGGCUGAGCAUGGCACAGUGACCCGAGCAAGUGUGCAGUUGUCCAUUCAGUACAAGAAAAAUUCAAGAGAAAAGGAGGAUGCGUGCCUGGUAUUUGAUGUUCAGUUCAGUGAAGUUGAUUUCCAGAACACUUUCGUCAGCCCUGAGCGCGGGAUUUCUUUACAGAGCAAGGGUGGUUUCAGAGUUGACAAGCCCAGGAAUUUCACAUUAGUACAAGGUCCUCACCAGCACAGUCAAUCUGAUAUACAGUUGAUCCAACUCAGUUGGGAUCCCGGUGGCGUCAACAACAGCGGCUUGGGGGCAAGCCGCAUUUCAAGCGGAGGGGCAUGUCACGGACUGGGCCACCAGGUGGGCUUCCAAGCUGGGCCGCGAGAUGGGCUUCCAAGUAACAGUCGCCGGGACGGGAGAUCAGAAUAA